CAUCUUCCGUUGGGCAUUAAUGUAGUUUUUGCAGAAUAGAGAAAAAUGUCAUCAAAGUCAGACUCAAGAAAACAUCGAAGCCACGACGAUUACGAUAGACAUCGUAGUCAUAGACCAAGAUCUCGCAGUAGAAGUCCGAAAACUAGUAACAGAGAAAAGGAUGGUAAAUCCCAUCGCUCUGAAAAAUCGAGUGGUUCUCAGAGAAGACAAGAGAGAGAGGAAGAUGUCUGGAGAAAACCAGAAAGAAAAGGAGGCAACCACCGAAGAGCAGACAGAGAAGAGCCGAUAGUGAGGAAAAUCAAGUCUGAACCAGCUGAUAAAGGCUAUAGAAAAUAUGAGUUUCCUGAGAGAAAGGAGAAAGAAAAGGAAUCAAGGAGUCGAUGGGACGAUGAUGAUAAGGUAGAGAACACGAGACAGGGUGGUGAUAGGAGAGGUAGUAGGCAGGAAGUACCGCAGAUCAGAAUAAAACAAGAACGCGAGCACAAUGAUGAGCGGAGGAGAGAACAUAGGCGGCAGGUCGGGGAUGCUAAUCCGUUCCAAACAACUGCUCACAAUGCAGAAGAAAAUGCAGAAGAAAAUGCUCCUCCUGCACCAAAGGAAGAACCCAAUUUUGGACUGUCGGGAGCCCUUACUGAAGACACUAAUACAUUCCGUGGGAUAGUGAUCAAAUACAAUGAGCCUCCGGAGGCUCGAAAGCCAAAGCUGCGAUGGCGGCUUUAUGUGUUUAAAGGAGACCAAGAGUUGCCCACAUUGUACAUCCAUCGACAGAGUGCCUACCUUCUGGGUCGAGAGAGGUUGAUAGCAGACCUGCCCAUCGAUCAUCCCUCGUGUUCCAAGCAGCAUGCAGCCAUCCAAUACAGGCUUGUCGAGUACGAGAAGAAUGACGGCACGAUGAGCAAGAGAGUUAGACCUUACAUCAUUGACCUUGAAUCAGCCAAUGGCACAUUUCUGAACAACAAGCAGAUAGAGCCAAAGAGGUACUAUGAGAUGAAGGAAAAAGAUGUGCUCAAGUUUGGAUUUAGUUCAAGGGAAUAUGUUGUCCUUAAUGAUAAAACAACCGAAGGGGACAUUGAAGAUGAAGGAGAAAUUUGACAGGAUUGAUAUAAAUACAUGGAUAAUGAAAUAAUGUUACUUGUCUAUUUUUCUUACAGUUUUGGGAUUGAAGAAGAUGAAAUCCCUUUAACUUUAAAGGGUAAGUUUACCCUGACAAUAAGUUGGUUAAAAAAAAAAGAAAAAAAUAUUGGUGAAGAGACUAUACAUAAAAAAAUAACAGAGUUAUGAAAUUUUAAAGUUUUGGUCAGGGAAUAAUUUUGCUUUACAAAUUUGAAUAGCAUUUUUGAUCAUAAGAGAAAAGCUCUCAACUAAAUAAUGUAAAAAUAUGCUAUACAAAGACUUUAUGCAUAGCAGUCUUUCAAAAAUGUGGAACAAGUUGCGAUGCGAUACCAGGAAAAUUAUUCUCUGAUGGUUUUUGUGACGUCACAGAUGAGCAGCUUCUCUAUUUGUUAUGUUGUACAAAUUCCUUGAAAAUAAUGCAAUUUCCUAAAAAAAAUGAAAGGAAUUUCAUUUUUGCAGGGAAUAUAUCUUCAGACACAUCAUUUUAUUCCCCUUUCUUUAAGAAAAUAUUUUCAUUCAUCAGUGUUCCAUUGAAAAUUAGAAUGAGUGGAAUUUAUAUAACAUGAUAUGGAGGAGCAGCUUUCAUAUGACGUCAAAGAAUUAAAACUUUAAAAAUUCAUUAUUCUCUUAUUCUUACAUGUAGAUGGAUUUUCAUUGACUCUUCACCAAUUUUUUCUGCUUUUAUUAUUACCAACUUAUCAUCAAGGUGAACAUCCCUUUUAUAGGGCAUGUAAAAUGUUUUUGUAAAGGCUCUUUUUUGUUAUAAUCUAUACCUCAAAAAAGAAAACUGAAAGUCUGUUCACACCUUAAUUCAUUGUCGGUGUACAUUUCCAGGAUGGGUUUUACAAGUUUCCUGCGGGAAGAGGAACAAUUUAAAGCAGGAAAUUAGAAAAGACAGAUAAAAACUUCCACUCCAAGAGGCCUUAAUCCGGAGUUACAAAUCUAAUUUACUUUUUAAAGAAAUCAAACUCUUCAAAUUUGUUUAUCUAUAGGUACAUGUACUAGUGUAGUAAUCAAAAGCUUAUCCAUUAAUAGUAAAUGACUGGCCAUGCCACUUUUUUGGUUUCAAUUUGACAGUUUUUCUUAACAGCUUGUUGGGAACACCUAAGUAGACAUUUAAAAUAAAUUGUUCUCUAAGAGCAUUAUGCCAAACAAUAAGAGUGAAUAAAAAAGGAAAAGCACUUUAAGUCAAGAAAAUUAGCAUUUCACUUUUCACCUUCACCAGCACAAUUCUGACUUGAUGGGAGUUCAACUCCCUUACUCAACAAUUUCUCCAGACAUACAUGUACUUCCAUGUACACCAGAAUUUUUUUUUAAGAAAAACAAAAUAAAAAAUUACAAAAGAAAUUAAAAAGCAAAGCUGAGCAAUGAGCACUGCAUCCGAAAAUAUGUUGUGUUGCAUAUUUUGUGAAUGUGUUACAUGUAACUUUAUUUCAAUUUUCAAAGUAUGAAAGUAGCAAAAUGAAAGGAAAUGUUCUUGUGAUUAUAACACAAAUUGUCCAUGGAAAACAGGAAGAGUCUUGGAGAAGGGGGAGGGGUGUAUUGGGAAGGAGAUUUAGCAGGCCUUGUGGGUGUUUCAUAAAGCUGUUUGUAAGGUAAGAGCGACUUUAAGAACGACUGGUGAACCUUUCUUACGCGCUAUAAAAUAAUGACCAAUAAACAUUUGAUGGUAAAUAUCAUUUUCCACAAGAAACUAAGAAAGGAUCACAGGUCAUUCUUAGUCACUCUUCACUAGCAAACAGCAUUAUGAAACGGCCCCCUGAUGUUUGGAAAUCGCCAUCAAGUUAUGGACAAGUCAAAUUUCCAUUUGAAAUAUUAAGUGCCAACCUCAUUAAGCUGGUUGUCGACUGUACAAUAUAUUUGCCGUAGUACAUACAAGUACAUAUAGUCCUACUCUGAACAUUCAAUUGGUAAGAGACAGCCGGACAUUCUCAGGUGUAUGUACUGUAUACAUGUUGACUAUAGUUUCCAAAAAAAUAAUUAAAUUGAAUAUUGGAUACAACAAAAAUUAUGAAUGAUAUGUGUAUGUAAAUCGAGUCUACUCUAAUUGUUUUUUUUUUCAAUACAGUUCAUGCACAUUGUAUAUGUUCCAUUUUACAUGGACAGUGUGAUCAAGAGAAAUAAAUGUUAUUUGAUACAAAACUGAUAUUCAA